CGAUAUCCUUCGUAGUUCGGCCUCUUCAAUUACGGUUUAAUAAAGUUAAUGAAUGUGGGUUAUUAUAUUUGUCUCAUUCCCAUUAAAAAGGUCAAGAUUACACAGGAGUUACUACCGAAAUAUUUUGAUGUUGACAGCUGAAAUUACCAUGUCAAUAUCAAAUGGAAAUACGUGAGGAUGAGGAUGAAAGAAAUAAACAACGGGAUAUAAGGAGAAAAUGUGAUUCGAAGUGAUAUAAACCUAAAUGCAAGGAAACAUACACUUGAGUAGGCGUAAGACGUGCGUGAAGAAAACUGGUGGGGUAUCAUAGUUAACCUCGUGCUCCUUCUGUGGGAAUUGCGGUGGGAAGCGACGUUGACUGAGUAUUUAAUCGGUGAGGAUUUACCCUCUCGGAAAGAUGGGAAUUCAUGGCAAAUAAAUCCUUCGACAGUGUACGUCAAUAUCAUGUCUAAUACUGACGAACGAAAUGACGUCUGUAAUACAGAUAUUUGGCACCUGCAGAUGAGUCGUGUGUGUAUUGUUGACUAUUUAUAAUUAGUGCGAUUGGUGAAGAUAUUUUGAUCAGGAUUGGGCGUCGACUGGCACUUUCGUUUGGCAUAUUGAGUAGGAGUGAAAGAAUCAGCGGCUAUGACACGCUAAAAAUAUUGGUUUCCCUUUCACAGCGAAGAUAACAUUGACCUCCAUUUCCUUCCCAUCCACUAGGUUCUUUAUUUCGACGCCUCCCACAUUGGGAAAAUCGUGGAUUCUGGAAUCAGUGAAAUUGUCUAUCCAGCAUGGCAUGUCCAUUUUCACGUGGGUAUGGAAGAGGUCGAAUGGAGGAGGACAACGAUGAUGAAAUAGAGAGAACUGGAGAUAGUGAACGAAGAAAAAAUGAGAGAUUCAAACCAUCAAGACAAUCAUCAGUGCAGAUCACGUCAUCGUUGCUGGGAGAGGAGAUCGAUGACCAGGAGGAUACGCAGACAUUAAACUUGAAGCAUCUGAGAGCUGCUGUACUUGUACUCACCAAUCCUUCGAAUGAAGUAAUGGCCGUCGCCCUGAGCAGUCUUCUCAGCGAGAGCAACCUACCUCUACCAGAACUUUCAUCACUAGAGAAACUGCUAUACAAUGUGGAAACUGAAGAAAAUUACAAUUUACUGGAAGACAUCUGGGAGACACUGAAUGAUUUCUGUGACAUAGAUAUCUGCAUUUUGCUGGAUCAAUUAGGCCAAGAAUUGAUAGCAACUGCCUGUGUGGGACUCCUCGAGAGGGCAUUUCGCUGCCUAGGGAAUGAUCUUACUGCAUUUCUAACAACCCUCGAUGGCGUGAACGAUGUCGUUCAACACCAAUCCGGAGUAGACACUGAAGCAGAAUUUGUUUGCAUUGCCACACCCGAGGGACUUGAGCUACACUUUACCACUGACCACCCGUCUAUCGCAUAUCUCUUAGUCGGCAGUCUCAAAGCUAUCGCCAGGAUAUUUUAUAAUGAUAAUGCUGACGUUUAUAUCCUACCUGAUCCCUACAACACUAAGUUUUUCAGAUACCGCAUUACGCCGGAGGGCUAUGAACCAUUGUUACUACAAGGGCCGCCUUGCGAAGAUGACUUUGAUGUUGUGACAGCAGGACCUCAUCCUUUAUCCACAGACGCCGCGGAUCUACGGAUGGGAGUUGCCAGUAUCUGCAAAGCAUUCCCUUGGCAUUUUGUCAUAGACAGAAAUUUAGAAAUUGUGCAGCUGGGUGUUGGCUUCAUGCGCAUUUUUGGUCACAAUCUCAACAGACACGGACGUCAAAUAUCGACGUAUUUUGUAUUCAGCAGGCCACCAGGUGUUACGCUAUUGUUUCAUGAGAUUCUUAAACGUUCAAACACACCAUUCGUAUUAACAUUGCAGAAGCCACCGGGGGCCGAUAAAUUUCUAGCCGAGGGUUUAGAGCUGAAAGGUCAAAUGGUACACUGUCAAGAAUCGGAUUCAAUUCUAUUUGUCAGUUCACCGUUUCUUAAUGGACUGGAGGGUCUCACUGGACGGGGUCUCUUCAUUUCAGAUAUACCACUUCACGACGCAACAAGAGAUGUGAUACUUGUUGGUGAACAAGCACGAGCGCAGGAUGGCUUAAGACGUCGAAUGGACAAAUUGAAAAGUUCUAUUGAAGAAGCAAAUCUCGCCGUUGAUGCUGAAAGGGAAAAAAAUGUUAGUCUACUACAUCUAAUAUUUCCACCGGAUAUUGCCAAACGCCUAUGGCUGGGUGAAACUAUCGAGGCAAAAACCUAUCCUGAUGUGACGAUGUUGUUCAGCGAUAUCGUUGGAUUCACCGCUAUUUGCUCAACCGCAACACCCAUGAUGGUCAUCAAUAUGCUUCAGAAUCUGUAUGAGCGAUUUGACCAAUUUUGUGGGCAAUUGGAUGUCUACAAGGUCGAAACAAUUGGCGAUGCUUACUGCGUCGCGUGCGGCCUUCAUAGAAAUACGAACACACACGCCCAGCAAAUAGCUUGGAUGGGUCUGAAAAUGAUUCAAACAUGUUCACAGCAUUUGACGCACGAGGGUAAACCUAUAAAGAUGCGCAUUGGGAUUCAUACCGGUAUGGUGCUCGCUGGAGUUGUGGGAAAAAAAAUGCCGAGAUACUGCUUGUUCGGACACAACGUUACCAUUGCUAAUAAGUUCGAGUCCACAAGUGAACCACUCCGAGUUAACAUCAGUCCUACAACACAGGAAUUCUUAAUGCAGAGGGCUGGAUUUAUAUUGGAAGAGAGGACCAAAGAUAAUUUACCGAAGGAAUGGCCGGCAAAUACUUCGGGGACCUGUCACUUCCUGAACGAUUACAAACACCCAGAGGUCGAUAAGAGUGCACCCCUCGACAUUCAUAUUAAAGCGGCCAUGAAAGAACUGGAAAUCACAGUGUAGAUAAAAAAUAGAAACGAACAAUAGCUAUAAUUUUCAUUGUUGUAGCAAGUCGAUAUUGAAGUAACACAAAUAUUCAGAUUCAUUGAAAGAUAAAUCAUCGAUAAUGUGCCUGUGAGUAUAUCGACGAUUGAAAUACAUAAUGAAUUUACAUUUAGUGUAUAUAAUACGUUAGGGCUAUUACAUUCAUUGACGAAGAGUCAUUAUAACAAUGAUAUUUACUUAUACAUUCACAUUUAUUGAUAGCAUUACCACAAGAGACAUAUUUAAUAAUGAUCAUUGGAAAAAGUCGCUUAUGACGCAACUACUAGUUUCUGCCAAAUAUUUAUUAUAAAUUAUUAAUUCAAAAAAUCAUGCUAUUAUUAUUUGUACGAAAUAAGUUUGAACAAUCAUUGUAUAAAA